CCCCGCGCCCCGCCCGGCCGCGCUCCCCGCGCAGCUCCGCAGUCCGGCGCAGCCCCGGCCGGGAGAAGAUGGCGGAUCGCGCCGAGAUGUUCUCGCUCUCCACCUUCCACUCGCUCUCCCCGCCCGGCUGCAGGCCCCCCCAGGACAUCAGCCUGGAGGAGUUCGACGACGAGGACCUGUCGGAGAUCACGGACGACUGCGGCAUCGGGCUGAACUACGACUCGGACCACUAUGAGAAGGACUGCCUGGUGCUGGAGCGCGGCGAGCAGCCGCACCCCGUCUGCACCUUCCAGGACGACUUCCAGGAGUUCGAGAUGAUCGACGACAACGAGGAGGAGGAGGAAGAGGAGGAGGAGGGCAACGAGCUGGAAGCUCCACCGUCCCCUUCGCCCUCACCCAUCCCCUCGCCCGCUCUGGAGGAGACGCAGAAGCACCGGCCCACCACUCUCAACCUGACAGCCCCGGGCACCCAGGACUCCCUGAACAACAACGGCAGCUUCCCACCGCCCGCUCACCGCACCACCUGGCAGGACGCCCUUCUCCACUCCUCCUCCUCCUCCUCUUCCUCACACACUGGACACUCGUCUCCCCACGCCUGCAUCCAAGACGGACCGUGCCUGGAGAGCCCGAAGGGGCCGAGCCCCGGCCAGGCCGGGCAGGCCCCCGCCUCGCUGCAGCCCUCCCCCUUUGACUCGCAAGGCAACAGCCACGAGUCCCUGGCACAUGGUAACCCAUCGCCCCCGAGAGCCGGGGAAGAUUAUAACAUGAAUAUCAUCUCCUCUGCGCUCCGAGCACCGCACUCCCCGUCGCGCCUCCGCCAGCCGCCCCCUAAACCGUCUCUCUCUCCAACAGGGCCUGCGGCUCCUCCCGGCCGCCCCGCCGGCCCCGACGCGGCUUCGCCGCCCCAGGUCCCCGCGGCCGCCGACGGCCGCCACGCCAAGCCAAAGCACGACACGGCUGGCGGGCGGGAGAGGCCGGCGCCCGGCGAAGGGGGCGGCCUGGGGGCCGGGAGCCCGGGGUCCCCUGCGGCCCCCCGUGAGCAGCCCGGCUCCCCGCGGCCCCAGGAGGAGCCGGCGGCCGUGGCCGUCGCCGAGCGGCACAACGGGCAGGGCGCCCGGCUGACAGGUGCCUACGUGUGCCCCGCGGGGCCGGCGGAGCCGCUCAGCUCCGACGGGGAGGGCCCUCAGCCCGGCCGGGCAGCCAGCGUGCGCGGGCACCCCUCGGGCUCCUCGGAGACCACCUCGCCCUCCUCGGACCCUGGCAUCGAGGCCGACCUCACCAGCAGGACCACCAAGCCCUUCCUGCCCGGCGGCCGGCACAGCGAAGACCUCAGCUCGCCUGGCUCCGACUCGGACGUGGAGGGGGAGAUCGAGGCGGCUUUCGCCGGCGGGCGCCUGGUCAGCAACAUGAUCUCCUCCAUCUCGGAGACGGAGCUGGACCUGAGCAGCGACAGCAGCAGCGGCAGGUCCUCCCACCUCACCAACUCCAUCGAGGAGGCCAGCUCGCCCACCUCCGAGGCUGAGCUGGAGACGGAGCUGGAGGCCCCCGGCCUGAUGGGCAUCAAGGACUCCCUGCUGCUGGACAAGGGCAAGGAGGAGGAGGAGGAGACGACCCUGGAGAGGGAGCUCCCAGAGCACGGCAUGGUGAGGCGGGAGAGCCUGGCGGAGCUGAAGAUGGAGGGCUACUAUGACAGCCUGAACCCGGCGGACUCCUCCGCGCCCACGGGCCAGACGGACGUCUCCGCCUCCAGCCCCCUGGACCUGAAGAUCGACCCGGACCACAGCCUGGAGAGCAUCCGGCGCUCCUUCUACCUGCCCGUGGGGCCCAAGCUGAUGCCCGAGGCGGACGAGGAGGACAACAGCGAGUAUGACUCCGACUCUGAGUCGGAGCCCGACCUGAGUGAGGACUCGGACUCGCCCUGGCUGCUCAGCAACCUCGUCAACAAGAUGAUCUCGGAGGGCUCCUACCCCAUCAAGUGCCCGGACGAGUGCUUCCAGCAGACCCACUCGCUCUGCGACACCAUCUCCCCGGCCUCUGACCUGGAGCCCGAGAUCCUGAGCGAGGCGCUGGACGGGGACCCCGGCUCGCAGGACUCCCCGGUGGGCACGGGGGAGCCAGCCGCCCUGCCCCGCUGCCAGCGCGCCAUCGAGCUGGUGGACAUGGAGACGCUGCGCAGCUCCCUCCAGCGAGCCGAGGACGAGCGGGCCCUGGGUGCCGGGACGGAGCCGGUGCCGGAGCUGCCUGCCGACGAGCCGGGUCCCUUCCUCUUCCUGAGCAACCCCACGAACGACACCAUCGCGCCCGUCUUCCCGGGCCACCCCGUCACCCUCGACAGGCUGGGCGCCUCCGAGGUCCUGGCCACCUUCGGCUGCUGCCCGGGGCCGCCCCGCAGCCCCCUGCGCGCCUCCCCGGGGAGCGAGGCCGCCGGUGGGGAGCACCGUGCCACCGCGGCGCCAUCGGCCGCCGGCCCGGAGGACUGGGCCGUCGACAGGGACCUGGACUCGGGUGUCCUGGAGGCCGACGACAUGAUCGACGAUGUCCGGUUAGCGCCCCAGGGGCAGGGCCCCGACGCUGGCCCGCCUGCCCUGGACGUCUCCACCGCCAAGACCAACCGCGGCUUCACCAUGGCCUACUCCACGGACGAGGACGAGACGCCCUACCUGAAGGGCUCCCCCUUCGCCGAGGACCCGCUGCGGGGAAGCUUCGGGGGGGAGCUGCCGCCCGCCCCCGGGGCGCUGGAGCCGCGGGCACUGGAUGAGUCCCUGGCCUACGACUCGGUGAAGUACACGCUGGUGGUGGACGAGCACACGCAGCUGGAGCUGGUGAGCCUGCGGCGCUGCACCUCGGUGCUGAGCGACGACAGCGACCUGCUCCGUGCCUGUGACCGCUGCGACCUGGAUGACGAGGCGGCCUUCGGGGACGGGCUGGUGGCCCCCGAUGCCCACAGCUCCUCUGAGGACUCGUCCCCCGAGGCUGACCUGCAGUUCUCCAAGAAGUUCCUCAACGUUUUCGUCAACAGCACCUCACGCUCCUCCAGCACAGAGUCCUUCGGGCUGUUCUCCUGCAUGGUGAAUGGCGAGGAGCGGGAGCAAACCCACCGGGCCGUCUUCAGGUUCAUCCCCCGCCACGAGGACGAGCUGGAGCUGGACGUGGACGACCCCAUCCUGGUGGAGCUGGAGGAGGAUGACUACUGGUACCGGGGCUACAACAUGCGGACGGGGGAGAGGGGCAUCUUCCCCGCCUUCUACGCCCACGAGGUCGUUGGCCAAGCCAGGGACACCAUCGGCCUGAAGAGGAACCCGUGCUGGGUGGAGCGGUUCAACGUGCAGUUCCUGGGCUCGGUGGAGGUGCCGUACCACCAGGGCAACGGCAUCCUCUGCGCCGCCAUGCAGAAGAUUGCCACCACCAGGAAGCUGACGGUGCACCUGCGCCCGCCGGCCAGCUGCGACCUGGAGAUCACGCUGCAGGGCAUCAAGCUCAUCCUGACCGUCACCGAGUACAGCCAGGAUGAGGAGUUUGAGCGCUGCAGCCACUUCUUCCAGAUGAAGAACAUCUCCUUCUGCGGGUGCCACCCCCGGAACAGCUGCUACUUCGGGUUCAUCACCAAGCACCCGGUGCUGAGCCGCUUCGCCUGCCACGUCUUCGUCUCCCAGGAAUCCAUGCGGCACGUCGCUGAGUGCGUCGGCCGAGCGUUUCAGGAAUAUUACCAGGAGCACCUGGAGUACGCCUGCCCCACAGAGGACAUUUACCUGGAGUAAGGGGGCAGGCGCUGUGUCUCCUGCUUCCGCACCCCCCUCCAGCCCCACAGACGGCCAGAGACUCUGUCUGACCCCACAACCAGCCGGCUUGGCCCCCCCUGCACAUGCUCCAGCCCCCGCCCCACGGACUCCCUGCACAUCCUCACCGCUUCUUGGGGGGCCAGGGGCCAGGCUGCAGCCGCGGACCACGGGUGGGUAUCUGGGGUGCGCCCAGCACCGCCCCGGCCCUGAGUCCUGGGGACCCUGGCCAGGGGGGUGACGCAGCCGAGCCUCGAGGCCGGGGGAGAAGCUGCCCCCCUGCAUGAGCGAAGCCGGCCCGGGGGCCGCAGGAACGGGGACCGGCUGUGCCCCCGCUGUCACAGGGGAUGGGGAUGC